AUGAACUCCCAAAGAGAAACUUUUGAAGCGCCGCGAAGUCCUACGUGCAGCAAAGACGAGUCUUCAAAUGUCUUCCAAAAGAACGGCGAAGACGAACAAGACCUGACCGAAAACGAAGAGUCCGCGCUGGAAAGCAUGGCCGCUCAGCCGGGAUCAGGGGGCAUUGACGCUCUUUCUCCGCGAUCAGAAUAUUUGGACGCCGAUGAUCGUCCGAUUGACUUACAAAUGGAGCUAACGACCUACCAAGUCGAGUCUAAUAAAGAUUUCGUUCCGAUGGAAGUGGAGUCCCUAGAACCAAACACCGAUGAAUCUGUUUGUUCAGAAUCAGAAUUUGAAAGUGCCCUUUCUCCUCCGAAAACUAUUGAAAAAGAACUCGAAGAAGAUGAUGAUGAUGAAGAUGACGAACCGAGCUUCCACAAGCCUCAAACUAGCCCUAAAGCUCCGGAACAUAAUGAAUUUCAGCCCAAUUGGUCAGCAAUAGAAGAUCCCAGCAUUAACAACCCUUCACAAGAAAACCCUUCGUUUGCAAAUAGUCAAAACGAAGAGCAACUUCAGUCCUCAAGUAGUCCCCAAAAUACCCAAAGUCCGCAACAUACAGACGCAUUUGAAAAAGGAGAGGCGAUAGAGGAAGAUUUACAAUCGUUGAAAAUCAACUCGCACGUAAAAGAAGAAACUUAUCAGGAAGAAACAAUCGACUUUUCCCAGUCUUCAAAUGGUUUCUCCUCUCAUUCACCUCGAGAUCUCAAAGAAAGUCCGAUGAAAAGAAGUCCUCACAGAAGUCCUCGAAGAAGUCCUCAAGAAGAAACAAUCGAUCCUGCUGAAAAUGGUGAUGUUUUCAUCCGUCCACUUCCUCUUGAAAGGCUGUCUGAAACGAGUCUGAACAACAACCCCUCCCCGCAAAUCAAGCUCGAAAUGGACUCAUCCCCAUCGGACAUGCAAGAAACGAGUCCUCCUGCAGAAUCAUCUUCUGCUCAGACGACACAAGAAUCGGACGAGCAACAAGAGCAAGUUAAGACCGAGGACGAGCUCGAAACAUUGACGAAAGAGGAGAAAUUAAUGCUCUUUCACCAACAGCGGCAGAUGAAACUAGCGCUGUUGAUGAGGCUCAGAGAAUUGAACGAAGAGUCUAUCGCUCGUGAAGAACAUCAUCAACUCGCGCUUCGUUAUUUGCCGACGAAGCAAUCUCCUACUCAAAUGGAGAGUCAACGACCAGUCAAAGAUUAUAACUCUGAUUCUUCGGACUCUUCGGAUUAUUCGGACGAUUCGGACGAUUCGGAAGAUUCUGCUGCCACUACGGAAGAGUCAGACGUAGAAGAAAGCGUCGUUUUUGAUGCUAAAAUAAUGCAAGAGCAAAAAAAGUUCACCGCCCGGCAGCUUGAUGAAGAUGCUGAUAUGAGACGAGUCGAAGCCCAACGCCUUAUUGAAAUCAAGAACAUUCAGCGAGUCGAAGAUAUCAUCCAAAAAUGCAACGAAACCCUGACAACAAAGGAAGAAGAGAUAAAAGCAGAAAAUGAGGAAAGCGAGCUUGAAAUCGUCGAAAACAUCCCAGAAGAAUCAUGCGCCCGAGUCAGACCCUUUUCAUUUGAACACAGACGAAAAAGGAACUUCAUCAGAAUUCCAGAACUUCGAUUCAAGAGUAGACACCACCCACUCGAUCCUGAUAGAUUGAGUUUAUCCGACGCGAUCACUUCCUAUUUGCACAAUUUCAACCCUUCGAACGAGCUUCAAGUGCCGGAAAAAUCCAGCCGCGGUAGAACACAGCGCUAUUCACAAGAUAAAGAAAAGAAACGCAGGAGCCAGUACAGUACGGAAGACACCGUCUAUUUCCCGCCUUCCGCGUCGCUUUGCACAAACAUCGAACUUUUGACCUGCAAGGAAAUUGACACUCCAAGCUUCCGAAUCAUAGACAGCGAUGACGAGAGGUCGUCGGAUGAUCUUGGAUCCGAUACGGAGCCGCCAGAAGACGAGGACUACAUCACAAUGCACAUGGCAAUGGAGAAGAAGGAGAAAAUGAGAUACUACCACGGCGCAAUUACGCAGUCCAAAAAGAAGAAGAAAAUUCUUGACGAGCCGCGAGUAGCCAGUCCCAAACGAGAAGGAUACUUUGCCCGUUCUAUGGAAAGCUACAAAGAAGACGGAAUCGGCUGGAAAAUAAGAAACUAUCCUCUUGAACCAAAACCAAAGAAAGAGCACAGAAGCAAGAAAAAGCGAAGAACAACGAGGGAACGAGGCGACUGGAGAAGCUCGAAGGAAGGAACCGGUUUGCGCCUGAAAAUCUCGCUGAAGAAACAUUGA